AUGAUCCUUAAAGCCAAUGGAGAGUAUGAAUCACAAGAUGAGGAAGAAGAACGUGAUGAAUCUGAGGAGGAUAUUGUAGACUGUCCAGAGAUGGGAGAACUUCUAGUCAUAAGGAGGGCUCUUAGCACUCUUUUUGAUCCCGAAACAAUUCAACGAGAAAAUAUCUUCCACUCUUGCUGCUCCAUAAACUCCAAGGUAUGUAGCUUAAUCAUUGAUGGUGGUUCAUGUACUAAUGUAGCCAGCAAGUAUUUGGUUGAUAAGCUAGGUCUCCAAAAGACAAAGCAUCCCCAUCCAUAUCGACUUAAGUGGCUCAAUGAUGAGGCUGAACUAAGGAUCUCCGAGCAAGUCACCAUACCAUUCACCAUAGGCAAAUAUUCAGAUCAAGUUGUGUGUGAUGUGGUUCCUAUGCAAGCUGGACAUCUUCUUCUAGGACGGCCAUGGCAAUUUGAUAAGGAGACUUUACACAAUGGCCGAACAAACUACUACACCUUCUCACAUAACAACAAGAAUCAUACUCUAGCUCCACUCACCCCUCAAGAAGACAAGGUGCUACUAAUGAUCUUUAAGGAAGUUUUGUUUUCAGGUCAAGAAGAGAAAGACUUACCACCAGAAGUGCUUGAACUAUUAGGAAGGUUUAAAGAGGUCUUUCCUGAGGAGAUACCACCUGGACUACCGCCUAUAAGAGGAAUCGAACAUCAAAUUGAUCUAGUUCCGGGAACACCACUGCCUAAUAGACCAGCAUACCGAGUAAACCCAGAAGAAACAAAAGAGCUGGAAAAACAAGUUCAUGAUCUAAUGUCAAAGGGUUACAUUCGAGAAAGCCUAAGCCCUUGUGCUGUACCGGUUCUUCUAGUACCUAAGAAAGAUAGAACUUGGAGAAUGUGCGUAGACUGCAGAGCAAUCAACAACAUCACUGUCAAAUAUAGACAUCCCAUUCCAAGGCUUGAUGACAUGCUAGAUGAGCUUAAUGGAGCUACUGUCUUUUCUAAAAUUGAUCUAAGGAGUGGUUACCAUCAGGUGAGAAUGAAAGAAGGUGAUGAAUGGAAAAUGGCUUUCAAGACAAAGCAAGGACUAUAUGAGUGGUUAGUUAUGCCAUUUGGACUCACCAACGCCCCAAGCACCUUCAGGAGCUGUUGA